AUGGCCGAUAUGACCUCUCCAACACCACCAGCGGUAAUAUCCACCCGCCUCGCUCGCGACGAAGAUAUCCCAAUCAUCAGGGACAUCGAAGUCUCCGCAGCGCAACUCUUCCGCACAGUGGAUCUCGCCUGGGUCGCCGAGUCGCCGCCGCAGGAUGCAGCUGUGCUCCGCUCGAUGAUCGAAGCGCAUCAUCUGUGGGUCGCAGUGGACACGCAGGACACACCAGUCGGCUUCGUAGCCGUUCAAGUCCUCGACGGGAUGUUUUACAUUGCCGAGAUCGAUGUGGAAGAAAGAUGGCAGCGGAAGGGAAUCGCGCGGCGAAUGCUGGAGCACGUCGAGCGGGAAGCACGAGAGCAGGGAUUCGAGUAUAUGUCGUUGACGACGUAUCGGGAUCUGGCGUUCAAUGGGCCGUUUUAUGCGAAGCUCGGGUUUGUGGAGGUGGACGGUGAGAGGGCAGGAGGAGAACAUGUGAACGAGCUGGGGGAGCAGGGACGGCAUGGACAUGAUUUGAGUAGGAGAUGUGUGAUGUGGAAGAGACUGUAA